UUUGACAGAUAGAGAAAGUCAUCAUUUUAUUGGAUAAAUGAGGUGCCAAACAAACCGGGUGGGCAGUGGGCAAUGGGCAACAGCGCGUACUCGCUCCAUUCAUUGGUAACCACAGUUUAGCGGAGCUGUUACUAAAGUCUAAACUAUAAUCCUUUUUUAAGUUUAACGAAAACAAUGUAUCCAGUUCUGGCGGCGGUGCUGGCCAUCGCUGUAUAUUUACAGGCUUUACCGCUGUCAUACGGGAAAACCGUGUCGGGAGUCCUCAGGAGCGGUGCUGCGAAAGAAAACAAUGGGCAGUACAUUACUAAAUUUCUGUUUCAUGGUGAGAAUGCCCUGGUGGUCUGCAAGCUGGAGGAAACGGAUGUGUCCGUGGCCGUGCGGAAGGAGGCCCGGCUACUUCUGUUCCAGCAGCCGGACGAGUUUGACAACCUGAGCUGCCUGCAGCGUCUCUCCGGAGCGCCCCUCUCCAUUACGCUGAAUGCAGUGGAGCUGAACCAGACCAUACCUCAGAUGUCCUCUCCCCAGAUGUGGCACGUGCUCUACGCUGAUCGGUACACGUGCCAGGAGGACGAGCUCAGCGGGGCUGCGGAUGACAUCCGCAUCCAGGUGAUAAUGUUCAACCCUGACAACGCUGGUAACCCGCUGGAUCACUUCAGUGCCGAGGAAGCAGGUCUCUACGGCUUCUACUUCCUGCUGAUCCUGGCCUACUUUGUGGCGGCCUGCAUCUGUGCCCAGCCGCUGUGGCAGGCGCUGCACAAGGGCGGCCCCAUGCACACAGUGCUCAAGGUGCUGUCCGCCGCUCUGCUGCUCCAGGCCGGUUCAGCGCUCCUCAACUACAUCCACAUGGCCAGGUACGCGAGGGAUGGCGUCGGAUCUCCUGCAGUUGGCAGCCUGGCUGAAUUCUGCGACAUGGUGUCCCAGAUCCAGAUGCUCUACCUGCUGUUGAGCCUGUGCAUGGGCUGGACGCUGAGCCGGACCCACAAGUCCCAGAGCAAGCCCCUGCAGUGGGACACCUCGCCCGCCUCCACCUCGCUCGCUAUGGGGGGCGUGGCCACCCAGGGGGCGCUGUUGGUCUGGGAGCAGUUCGAGGACACGGAGCACCAUAGCUACCACGCCCACGGCAGCCUGCCGGGCCUGCUUCUCAUCGGCCUGCGCAUCGUCCUGGCCCUGCUGCUGGCCUCCAUGCUCUACCAGAUGAUCGCGGCCGAGAGGAGCACCCUCAAGAGGGACUUCUACCUGAGUUUCGCCAAGGGCUGUUUUCUGUGGUUCUUGUGCCAUCCGGCCCUCGUUCUCCUCUCCAUGGUGUUCCAUCAGCACCAGAGAGAAAAGGUUGUCACCAUCGGGGUGAUCCUCUGCCAGACCGCCUCUGUCGUCAUCCUCUAUAGGCUCUUCCUGUCGCGCAGUUUGUACUGGGAGGUGUCCUCGCUGUCCUCCGUCACCCUUCCGCUCACCAUGUCCAGGGCACACAGGAACCGCUACUAGACCAGCAGCUCGGUGACCUGCCGGAGCCAAGCGGAUCCAUUAGGGGGGCCCACCAGGCUGGACCGGAGAAGUCCGGCGGAGGCCGAGAGUCAGCUCGGCCGACGGUGCGAGAAGGGGCCACCCGAGAGGGGCCACUCCUACGAAAGGGACGGACGAGGAGACUUGCUUCACGUAGAGCUUUUCCGCUUUUACGGGGAACUUAUCUGAGUUGCCCUAAGAAAAACAAACUUGCGCGUCUCCGACAGCACACACACGAAAAUGGGGAUUAUUGAAGGCUCUCUUCACAAUUGUGUGUGUGUGUAAGUACUCAGUACUGUUUUUGUUUGGCGGGAAAAGUGUUGAUAUCUUACUUUGUUCUUUAACUUAAUUGUCACACAGGUCGAGGCCAAACUUAAAAUGUAAUAUAAAUGUAAAUUCAUUUAUUCAAAUAUGGUUUAACGUGUAAUUUCACGUUCCCUGUGGUAUUGUACAUGUAGCCCAUUUCCCCCAAUAUAUGUGCCAAGUGUACUGAAAGUGUAGAUAUGCAAACGACAAGCAGAAAGAAGCAUCAGUGGGGUGUCACUUUCAACAACUGAACCAAAUACCUCCUUUUGACUUGAACCAAAACUCCAGCAUUUGGUUGGGGGGGGAGAGAUGAAUAUUAGCAUAAAAAAUUCAUUUUGGAUGACUAUUGAAAGGUGAAAAAUCCUAUUUUGGAAGGGGAGGGGGGGUGGAUUUAAGGAUAGAGACAGUAUAUCAUAAAAAUAUUGAGAGGAAUAAAGAAUUAUUUAACCAGAUAUUUUGAGGUGUGUGUGUAAAUAUAGAAAUGCUACAAAGAUCGUUUUUAUUUAUGAAACAUUAAUAUUUGCAAUGCAUUUAAAGGAAAAGUAAUACAGCAAAAUGGCUGCGUGUCAGUUAUUUUUACUGAUUUAUUGUACUUGAAUAUAAGAUACUGUCAUAAUUUUCUAUUAAAAAAAGGUAUUUAAAAUGUGCAUUGCUGCAGAUUUAUCCAUUUAAGUGCCUGUGAAGAACGAGUAGUGUAACAGCUAGACUGGUAUUUGCCCUUAGAAAAGGUGCCUCUCAGUACCACUAUAGAGAAUUAGUAUGCAUGUUUUUGUACGCUGUUUAAUUUUUGUCUGUAAAUAAAGGAUCUGUUUAUUGUAACGCGUACCUGAGUACUCCGCAUACGGAUUCCUUACGUAUACAACAUGCAGAUGUGAUCAUUCAGCAGCUUAGU